AUGAGAUGGAACUCCAAGCCAACUUAUAUAGCGGUCAGCACUGCCCCUUCUGGCGGGAUCGAGCACCACUGCUUUAUCAGCAUUAAUGCAUUUCUUCAUCCAGUCUGUCUAGGUUUCUACCUUCAGACGUCAGAGGUCCAGGCAUAUCUAGGAGAAAGCGUUAUCUUGUCCUGCAAUGGUUCAGGAUUCCCUGUGGAAGAGCUGCACGUUCACUGGGAGGCGAUGGGCAAAGACGUCAUCUCUCUGCGUGAUGUUGUCAUGGUCGGGAGAGGGUUUGAAGACCGGGUGAACUUCCUCAGUGAUCCUACAGAAUCUGAGGACUUUUCCCUCAUUCUGUCAGAUGUGAUGCUGAAUGAUGGAGAGAUAUAUGAAUGUCUCUGGGAGGGAACAAAACCCAUUUGCUCUGUAUUACUACAGGUGUCGACGUUUUUCACCAAUUAUGUGGAAGCGUUUGAGGGUGACGAUAUCACUUUGGAGUGCUUUGGAAAUAUUCCUAAAAAUAAACCAUGGGAAGACAUUUAUGUUCAAUGGCUGAAAGAUAACAGAGAAAUCCUGCGGUUGAGCUCUGGAAAGAUGGACGUCGGUAUUGAUUACAGCAUCAUGAAAUUACCGCCCAAACAUGACAUCAGUCGCGGUAUCUUCUCAUUGAGCAUCACGUCAGUAAGUGUUUUUGACCAGGGUGUUUAUCAGUGCCGUUACAAGAGCACAGAUUAUGAGGCGCUGCGGAGUGGGUUCCCAGAGACGUACACACUCACUGUUUGGGGUGUGUUUUCAGAUGUGACAAGCAGCACAGAGUCUCUCUCCAGCUCCAGCGCGGUCUCUCAUACUCACACAAGCACAAGCGUGCCAGUUUGGACAUCUGUUGUGAGUGUUGAGACUGAAGCGAGUGCUCAGACCAAAAUCAGCAGCUCUGUGCCAAAUCACACAUAUGCUGGCAGCACUCAGACUCAAACCAUCAGCUCUCUGCCAACGCUAACAUAUGCUGAAAGAGCCGAAGGACCCAUCAAGUUCCCAGACAGACAUAAGUCGUGCGUCUUUUGCCUGGGCCGCAACCACGCGGAAGCCGCAAUUAUCGAGCCCAACUGUCCUCACUGCGAGGAGAUGAACCUCGAGGCUCUCCAGACUCGAAUAGCCCUCCUGUUCAAUGAGCAGUCAAUCCUCAGCUCACAGCAGUCCUCUUCCGCGAAGGACAAAGCUGCGUCACCCUGA